UGCAGGCUGUUCCUCUGCACCCAACACACAGAGGCUCUGGGUUGUUUGAGCCCAGCUCAGCUCACACUGGAGCAGUUCAUGCUGGUAGCGCUGGAGAUCUGGGCUCAGUCCCUGCGGCGUCAGCCAGGCCAGCAGCUGUCACCCUGCAGCAGGGCACCAGGCCGGAGGCCUGAGAAUGGAGAGGCUGGGCUUGAGGAGGCCAGGGAGGGGGAGAGACGUGCAGUGAACCCCGACUGUUUAUUCACCUUCUGGUCUGUUUCUAGGCCUUCUGGCCAGUGGGGAAAAAAGCUGGAAAACAUGAAUCCGAAAGGCCGAGAAACCAGGAGGUGUCCUGUGCUCAUCUGGCUAUCGGUGCUUGGUAUCCCAGCCCAGGAAUACAAACUAUAGAUCUGAACUGAGCGGCGCGUCUGUGAAGGAACACAGAUGUCACUCCAGCGUUCGCUUCCAAACCUGCUGUUCCAGCCCUGCCUCUCUGGGGUAGCAGCCAAGUUGAAGGUGGCAACACAGCAGUCUUGGUGCUGAUUGUCCAGAAAAUGGCAGAAGAGAGCGCUGAAGUGAUAAGUGAUACCGAUUUCAGCCUAAAAUGCAUUAAAGAUAAAUGGAUCCCAAUUACCGUUACUGUCGUCAUCACAGCUUUGAUCAUCACCGUAAUUGCACUGGCAGCCAAGAAGCCUUCCCCCUGCCCAGCCCACGUCACUGCUGCGUGCCCAGACGGCUGGGUGGGAUACCAAGGGAAAUGCUUCUACUUCUCAGAGACUGAAGAGAACUGGAACAACAGCCAGAGCCACUGCUCUUCCCUCAGCGCCUCCCUGGCUUCCAUUGAUUCCCUGCCGGAGCUGAAUUUCACACUGCGCUAUAGUGGGAUCCCUUACCACUGGAUUGGCCUCUGGAGGGAACAAGGCGAGGGCCAGCCCUGGAAGUGGACCAACGGUACCAUAUUCAACAACCUGUUUCAGGUCAGAGGGGAAGGGCAGUGCGCCUACCUGAAUGAAUAUGGGGUCAGCAGCUCCAGGUGCUACUCAGAGAGACAUUUCAUCUGCAACCGGCCGGACGAUUGCUCUAGAAGAAAGCCAAGCUGUACAGGAGGGGACACAAUGUCUAAGAUCACUUAACGCAGCAGUCCCCAACCUUUCUGGCACCAGGGACCGGUUUCGUAGAAAAAAAAAUUUCCGCGGACCUGUGGGAUGGUUUUGGGACGAUUCA